AUGCUGGCAGCAAUGAACAGAGGCAUGGGUGUGGAUAGCUUCAAGGAGUUUACUCUGAAAGAUUCUGUAUAUGCAGCUGCCACUACAUUGAAUCAUGUAACUAAAAGCACCCUUGCACAUGCCUGUCACAACCUCUGGCCUGUGGCUAUGUUCAGUGACGCUGAUGGGCAAAGUGAUGAGUUUGAAGGAUUCAGCAUGUCAGAUGAGAAAAAGAUGUCAGACCUUUCAUGUGCAAAAGGUAUACCUUCAGAGUUCAUCAGUAACCCGGAGGAAGUGGAUAUCGAAGAAGUUCUUAACAUCGAUGAUAGUACUUCAGUUGUUCGUUCAAUGACUGAUGUUGAAAAGUACAUUGAAGGUGCUCAGAUUGAAAAGACUACAAACCGUGAGGCAUGCAGAGAUCUGAGUGGGCGACGUUUAAGAGACAUUAAUGAGGAAAAGAGAUUAAAGGACUUCAUCAGCAAAAAAGCAGAAAGAGAGCGAGAAAUGCAGGAACGAAAACGUCAAAAGUUUGAAAAGUUGAAAGAAACUCCAAAGCACAUCUUUCAAAAUGACUCCUAUUAUCAGCAACGGGAGCUGAGGGAGAAAAACCUCUAUGACUCUCUAGAUAAAGCUUUUGAAAAUAUGAACGAUAGCGGUCCUUCUGGUAUCAAGAGACAGUGUCCAGAUAGCAGAGAGAAAACUGCCUUUAAGGCUAAGAGAGGAAGAUUCAUGGAUGAUUUGGAUGUAUCAAGUGAAGAAGAUGGUGAGGAAGAUUCUGAGGCAACUUUUGGAGUGAAGAAUAGCAUGUGUAGUGAAAAAGAUGAAGAUAAACAAAGUGAAGAGAAGUUCUGUAAAGAAACUACAUGAAGAUGAUUUGUGUACAAGAGAAAAAUAGUAAGGGUAUUCCUUACAGUAAUUGUAGCAGUAUUCAGACACUAAGACACAUUACUCAGACCGGUUAGGACCAAGAGCUUUCUCUUAACACUGAACUACCAUUUAUAACAAAGAAUAUAUAUAAAAUAUAAUGUAUAUAAAAUGAGAAAAGGACCUGCCAUUAAAUUAAAUGUUGAAUUGUUAUACUGAAUUGGCAUUGGCCAAAGCAAGCUAGAAUUGUAUUUAAAUUUUUUUUUACCAUUAAGUGCUCUGUAUAUCCUCCAACCAUUUUGAUACAGGUGUGGUAGGUGGGCCCAUAACCCAGAGAUCCACAAAUGUGUGAAGCCUGGGUUGUGAAUGUUGCAAGGAGACUGGAGGCACUGCAUAUGUCAUGUCUGAGGGUACUGUGUGGUAUAAAUAUUAUGCUAAGAAUUCAUAGCUUGGAGAUUAGGUGGUGAUGUGGAAUUACUAAAAGUAUUAUCUAGAGGGAUGGAAAAUGUGUUAUAAAUUUUCUGCAGUUUUAUACGAGACAGAGAAUAAGGCAAGAGUUGGGCAGAUUGCAUUAUCUUGGACUGCAGGAAAACAGUACCAUACCACAAGAGAGAUUAGUCAGAAGGUUAAGAGGAGCAAGCAGGGGUAAAAGGCAGUGCACUCCCAUGGGUCAAGGGUCACAUUCUGAUGAGACAUCAGAAUGUGAAACAAGCGAGUGAGGUGUCCCAAGAAUCAGUACUAGGACCACUAUGGUUCGUAAUGUAUGUGAAUGACCAAUGAGAGGGGCGAGUCAUGCGUCACUAUUAAAUGGAUAAUGUAAACCAAUUGGGAAGAAUAAGAACAAGAGAGAACAAUGAUAAAGUUCAGAGGCCUUUAAAGACCAGACGUAGUCAGACAAGUGGCUCCUUAGUUAAGCUCGCCUCCAAUUUAUACGAAUUUUAGGUGAGGGCACUGACCAGUGCAGCACAGACAGAAAGAAGCUGCAAAUACCAAUGCGAGAAAAGGACCUGCAGGUAAGUAUAACACCAGGUAUAUGGCCAGAAAUACAUGUAUAGUUUGUAAUGUCAACAGCACAUAUAAACUUAACUAGCCUUAGAAUAGCAUUCAGGAACUUCAGUAAAGUAUUCUUCAAAACCUUAUAUUCUGUACUACGUAGGCUAAUCAUUGAGUAAGCAGUCCCAGCAUGGAUGUCACCCCUGAUGUAGCAUGUGAGGAAGUUUGAUAAGUCUCAAGGUUUGCAACCAGGCUAGCACUGAACAAAGAAAUGCACUAUGAGGUGAGGUUGAAGGAACUGAACCUGACUACCCUAGCUAGACGUGAUUAUGACAAAAUCUUAACUCUUUCAGUGGACGUCACAUUGAAGUAUGUCAUUGAUGCCAGGGGUCUCGAAUUAGAUCUACACCUAAAUUCUAGCAGCUUCAAAUUUGGUGAGAGAGGCCUGCAUAUGAGAAUGGGUUAGUGUGAGCACUAUACCAAAAUUUGGAGUCCUUGCAGUGCAUUGUCGGAACUCCGUAUUUAGUACACCUUGUUCACCAUACCAUGCUGAUGAAAAAGCCUCGCUCCCAGGGAAAAAUGAAUGUUUUGUUCCCCAUUGACUGCUCCAACAAUGAUAAUUAUGGAACUGAUCAAUUCUUUGGUCUUGAACACACAAUGACAGUGACGCUAAGGGCACCACAAUUGUAGAUGAGAGGUGAUUAUUGAAUAUCCUCUCGUUUGAAGUGGGGUGAUUACUUCCUGCUACAAAAAAGAUGAAAUAGACUGUUAUGUCUGCACACACAAUAAGGUGCCAAGCAAGGUGCAGGCAUGUUUUACGAAUAGAUAUGUAAAGCACUGCUAUGUAUGGAGAAGUGUUUCAGACUAUAACAGCUCUAGGAACAUGGCCAAUGCUCAUAUAUAUGUACAUAAGUGUUAGAACAGUAGUAAUGUUAAACAUGUACCUGUGUGUUUUUAAUUGUGAAAGCAUGUUUUAUAAACAAGGUACUGAUGACUAUUUGUGCAGGCAUUGUGCUGCAUACAACAGGAGAUAUAUGUUCCCUGUGCAUAUAGGUCACAAGGCCCACAAAGUUACUGAAAAAUACAAUUAGAAAAUCCCAGAAAAAAAAAAAUAAUGAAACGUGAAACGUGGCAAGCACUGAUGUUGCCAUCAGCAAAGUGGUUAAAGGGAAUUGAUAAUUAUUAUUAUAAUCAAAAAGAAGUGCUAAAGGAAAUUGAUAAGGCAGAUUGAAUAAGAGGAUCAGAGGGAUGAAAGUUGAAAGUAGUCCCUAAAGGGGGGUUCCUUGAUGCUGGUGAGGGGCUCUAUAUAGCCCUUGUGGCUUAGCACUUCUUUUUGAUUAUAAUAAUAAUGGUGAGGGGCUCUUGAUCUAGGGAAUUGGAUCUGUGCUCCAGUUCCCUGAAUUGAGCCUGAAUAUCUUCCAUCCCCCCACAUGCGCUGUAUAACCGUAUGGGUUAAGCACUUCCCUGUAAUUAAAAUAAUAAUGUUGAAAGACAGAUGAGCCACAGUGAUAUAAGGACAUAUUUGUCUCAAGGUGAUUGAAAAGUUCAAUGACUUGGACGAGGCAGUGGUGAGGGCAGACUCUCUACACAGCUUCAGGACAAAAAUCAGUGAUGCCAAUCAAAGUAGUCUAGGAGGCAUGACCAAGGAGCCAAGUCUUGACCCCUCCCACCCCCCCCCCUUUUUUUUUAAGGAUAUAAGACAUUACAAAUAAAAAAGGAAUACUUUAUUGCUGUUCUUAGCUUAGACAAAAAAAAAAAUGCAUUUUAGGCCACAUAAAAAAAAGCUGCAGUUGUACCUUCAGCAAGUCUUAAUGUUUAACAGCAACAAUACGGUUAUGUUAUGCCAUUGGACCCUUGAUGCUAAACAGCGACAAUUUACAAAAUGUACAUUAGUUAUAUGAGGAUGAAGAAAAAUGAAUCUACCUUGUCCAGAAUCAAAGUAGACACCAAGAAACUUUGGUGGGAGUGUAUUCAAAGUACAAAAAACUAUGAACUCACUCCUGAUCCUCUUCAUAUAACAAGGUUCUAUCUUCCCUAUCCUCAUUAUUUGUAGUCUGAGAUCCUAAUAAAAGUGCACAGAAUGCACCUAGCAGAUGACAGAAUGUAGCUUUUAUUGAAUAAUCUGCAAAUGUUGCUGAGUAUAUGUAUGAGAAACAAAUUAUCAUCACUGAUUAAUGUCAAAUGACUUGUAUAACUAUUUCCAAAAAUAUAACAAAUAGUUCAAUAACAAUUUAAUAUUUUUACCAUACUAAUUUUUCAGCAUUUAUCAGUACAAUAUAUUUCUAGGAUGGUUUCUUAUAUGGCAGUGGGAUAUUUGAGUAAAAUAUGGCUGACUAUACAGGUAUGAGUAGUGACAAAAUGAAAAAAAUUCAAUCCAUGAUUUAUCAUUAAAAUAAUAAUCCA